GACGAGGGAUGGGCGACCCGGUGGUCAAGCUGACGCUUCUCGGGAACGGCUCGGUCGGCAAGUCGAGUAUCAUUGCCCGCUUCGUCGCCGACGGCUUUGAAAAGCAGUACAAGCAGACGGUCGGGCUGGAUUUCUUUGAGAAGAAACUCCACUUCCCACGCGAUCAGCGCGUCGUGCUCGAGGUCUGGGACAUUGGCGGCCAAAACAUGACGAGCAAGAUGCUCGACAAGUACCUCUUUGGCGCCAACCUCAUCUUCCUAUGCUACGACGUGACGGACGCCAAGUCGUUUGCCGACCUCGACGACUGGCUGCGCGUCGUCCCGACACUGGAUCGUUCCAAGCGGUGUGUCUACCUUGUCGGCAACAAGAUUGAUCUGCGGCAUCUCCGCGUCGUGUCGCUCGAGGCGCACAACGCCUUUGUGAGCAAGCACAAGCUCCACGGCGGCUUUCUCCUCUCGGCGCAGAGCGGUGACAACGUGCUCCGGAGCGUGCACCAGAUUGCCGCGCGCGCGAUUGGCGUCGAACUCAGCGAGUAUGAGCUGCAGUUUUACGAUGCACCCGUGGUUGCAACUGUCGUCAAUACCGUCGACCACCGGACGACGGUCGCCGACGCCAUCGAAGCCGAGGACCUCCGCCUCGAAGAAGCCAAGAGAAGGAAGAAAGCAAAGCGAGCAAGCUGUAGGGUCAUGUAA